CUCAUAUUGCAACAUCCUAUACGGCAACGCCCAUAUAAUAGGACGCCGUGCUACCGCCAUUUUAGCUUGCUCAGUCUUGUUUUGUCUGUCACUCGAGUCUGACUCACUACAUUGUAACUUCGACAUUCUUUUUAAAUUAGUAGCUGUGAACGCUCAUCAUCCAAUAAAUCUUUACACCUUUAGUAUUAACAAACAUUGGCUUUUAUUUCAAACCAUAAAAGCACAACAAAAGUGGCGACGAGGAUAGUGGAAAUUGAUCAAUAAUUGCACACACAACAAUCCGCAAAAAUGUCUCAAGACAUAAUUCUACAAUUGUUAACAGAGCAACAAAAAGCAAUGUCGCAACAAACGCAACUGCUAAAGCAUAUGGCUGAUCUUCUUCAAGCACAAGGAGCACCAAAUUCACCACACUCACCACAAACAUCAAAUUCAUCCAAAGCAGCACUAAUGGAAUCACUAGCACAGUCAAUGACAGCAUUCGUAUACGAGCCAGAGAGCGGUCUGAUAUUUCAAGCGUGGUACAACAGGUUUGUGCAUGUUUUCGAAAAAGAAGCAAGCUCACUCGAAGAACAUGACAAAGUGGCCUUGUUAUGGAGAAAAAUGUCGAACCAAGUACAUGAAAGAUUUGCCAACUACGUAUUACCAGCAAAACCUGAAGACAUGACUCUAAAGGAUACAGUAGAGAAACUCAAGAAACUCUUUGGUAAAACAGAAACACAAGUCUCACAAAGAUACAAAUGCCUUCAGCUAGCAAAAGGCGACAGCGAAGAUUUCAGAGAAUACGCAAGCAGAGACUCAAGUCAGCAAAGGACAACGACAUAAGACUUCGCUUACUAAAGGUACUGGAUGAUGAAAACACUACAAUGAACCUAGAUCAACUAGUAGACGAAACACAACGAAUUCUAGAUCUCAAAUCGGACAACAUUCUCAUUGAACAUCAAUCAAAAAUCGUCUGUUCACUCAACAAGCACGCAAAAGACUUUAAGAAGCACAAAACACCCAAUUCACCCUGUUGGUAUUGCGGAGACCUUCACUACGUCAAAUUUUGUCCUUUCCAGAAACAUAAAUGCACAACAUGCAAUCAAGUGGGUCAUAAAAAUAACUUUUGCAACAUCGCUAAGACUGGUAAGAAUUUCAAAUCAUCGUCUGAAAACAACCAGAACGAAUUCAAGAAAUACAGCAAUUCAAGGAAAUCAUCCAAAACUAAGGCAGUUUUCAAAACACACAACAUUAAUUUCCGCGACUUAAGGAAAUACACAACUGUCCUAAUUAACAACAAUCCUGUAAAACUUCAAAUUGAUACUGCAUCAGACAUAUCAAUUGUAUCUAUCAACACAUGGAAAGCUAUAGGUAAGCCUGAAGCCUACGAAACUUUUGACAACGCUAGCGACGCAAACGCAAACUCAAUCAAGCUCCUAGCAGAAUUUCAAUGUGACGUCACAAUCGACAAAACAUCAAAAACAUUAAAAUGUUAUAUAACAGAUAUAGAAAAACUCAAUAUCAUGGGAAUCGAUUGGAUUCAAGCAUUCAAUCUAUGGCAGAAACCAAUAACCUCAUGGUGUCAUCAAAUAAACUUCGUUGAUGAAAUAGCAGAAUUGAAAACGAAUUAUCAAUCAGUUUUUGAUAACAGUACCCCAGGUCUGUGCAAAACAAAAGUCAACAUACAAUUAUUGCCAAACACAAAAGAAAUAUUCGUUCCCAAACGACCAGUUCCUUUCGCAGCAAGAAUGGAAAUUGAAACAGAACUCCUCAGAUUAGAAAACGCAGGAAUAAUCACACCGGUAGAUUCAUCGAGGUACGCAGCGCCGAUAGUGGUCAGCAAACGUAAUGGAAAAAUUCGAAUAUGUGCAGACUAUUCAACAGGACUAAACUCAAUAGUAGAACCUAAUCAGUAUCCAUUACCAACACCGGAAGAAAUCAUGUCUGAUUGCCACAACUGUGUAAUCUUUAGUCACUUAGAUCUCUCAGACGCAUACUUACAAGUCGAAGUUGACGACGAAAGUAAAGAGCUUCUCACCAUCAAUACACACAAAGGUCUAUAUAAGUUCAACCGUCUAACCCCAGGUAUAAAAUCAGCUCCGGGAGCAUUUCAAAGGAUCAUGGAUAAGCUAUGCGCAGGCAUAGAAGGAGCAAAAGCAUAUAUAGACGACAUCAUGUUAUCAAGUCCAUCUAUUCCGGAACAUAAAUUAAAUUUAAACAAGCUUUUACAAAGAAUUCAAGAUCACGGAUUCAAGCUGAAAUUUGAAAAAUGCCAAUUCUUUCAAAAACAAAUCAAAUAUCUAGGACACAUAAUAAGCAAAGAUGGAAUCAAACCUGACCCAAUCAAAAUAGCAGCCGUUCAAAAUCUUAAAACACCAGAAAACGUCUCGGAAGUAAGAUCGUUAUUAGGCUCUAUUAAUCAUUACGGGAAAUUUGUAAACAACAUGAGAACACUACGUAAACCUCUUGACGAUCUACUAAAAAAGGACGCCAAGUUCGAGUGGACGUCACAGUGUCAAAAAUCAUUAAACGACUUUAAGAACAUCUUGACAUCAGAUCUUCUUUUAACGCAUUACAAUCCGAACUUGCCUAUACAUGUAGCAGCCGAUGCAUCAUCUCACGGAAUCGGCGCGGUUAUCUAUCAUAUGUUUCCAGACAACACUAUGAAGGCAAUACAUCAUAUUUCCAGAUCACUCACACAAGCGGAAAAGAAUUACAGCCAAAUAGAAAAAGAAGGCCUAGCCCUUAUAUUCGCCGUUCAACGGUUUCACAAAAUGUUAUUCGGACGCAAAUUUACUUUACACACCGAUCACAAACCCUUACUCGCAAUAUUUGGUUCAAAGAAGGGAGUUCCAAUUUACACAGCAAAUCGUUUACAACGAUGGGCCCUUAUAUUACUGGCUUACAACUUCGAAAUUAAAUACACAAACACAAAGGACUUUGGUCACGCUGAUGUAUUAUCAAGAUUAGUCAACAAUCACGAAAAACCAGCAGAUGACUUUAUAGUGGCUUCAAUAUCAUUCGAAGAAGACAUACGUAACGAGAUAAAUGAAACUAUGUCAGUUCUCCCAGUAUCAUUUAAAAUGAUCGUCGAUGCAACAACAAAAGACACGGAUUUACAAAUGGUCCUCAAAUACAUUCAAACAGAAUGGCCAGAAAGCAAGAAAAAUAUUAACCCAUCAAUUAUUCAAUUUUUCAACCGCAAGGAAAAUCUUUCAACCUUCGAUGGUUGUAUUCUCUUCAAUAAUCGUAUAGUAAUUCCUAAAUCAUAUCAGAGACAAAUCUUACAACAACUUCACAGAGGACACUUAUCAGCAGAACGCAGCAAAGCCAUCGCCAGAAGUUAUGUUUAUUGGCCAAACAUCGACAAACAAAUUGAAGACUUUGUUCGGAAAUGCAAAAAUUGUCAACAUGCGGCAAAAAGUCCAGUAAAAACAAAUCUUUGCCCAUGGCCAUUAACUUCACACCCUCUUGAAAGGAUACAUAUAGACUAUGCUGGUCCAGAAAAAGGUAAAUAUUAUCUUCUUAUCAUCGACUCGUAUUCAAAAUACCCUGUUAUAUACGAGACAACAACGACAACCACAUAUGCAACAUUAAAAAUGUUAAACGAAUAUUGUGCACUCUUCGGAAAUCCUGAACAAUUGGUCUCGGACAACGGAACACAGUUCUGUUCAGAACAAUUUGAGAAGUGGUGCAGCAAAAAAGGCAUUAAACACACAAGGACUGUUCGUUUUCAUCCAAGUUCAAAUGGACAAGCCGAGCGUUUCGUUGAUACACUUAAACGUGCAUUAAAAAAACUAGAAGGGGAAGAAACGCCUACGGAAUCUCUCCAAACCUUCCUAGAAGUCUACAGAUCCACACCAAAUCCAAAUGCACCAGAAGGUAAGUCUCCAGCAGAAUCCUUCAUCGGAAGAAAAAUGAGAACGGUCUUCGACGUUCUAAGGAAGCAACAAUCGCCUGAGUAUAACGUCAAUCACAAAAUGGAACAGCAGUACAAUACCAAACACGGUACCAAAAACAGAGAGUUUAGCAACGGAGAAUUGGUCUAUGCCAGAAACUUCAAAGGAAACAAAAGUUACUGGACAACAGGCGAAAUAGUCGAGCGUAAAGGGAAAGUCAUUUACAACACUCUAAUCGACGUUGGGGACAGGAAAAUUCUAGUACGAGCUCAUACUGAUCAACUUCGACAUAGAGAAUCGGUAGAGUCAAGCAGUCAAGAACGACAAAAACUACCAUUGGACGUACUACUUGAAGAAUUCGAAAUCGCUUUGCCUAACCAUCAAGAACAUUUUGCAACUCCAACAGGUUCACCAAACUGGACACCUCAAAGAAUAACAAGUCGCAGACAACCAGUCGAACCUAUUUCAAGAUCACCUUCUCAUCUUAAGGAGGGAGAUGUUGGGGCAACCCACAUUAACAAUAUGGCAUCUCAUAUUGCAACAUCCUAUACGGCAACGCCCAUAUAAUAGGACGCCGUGCUACCGCCAUUUUAGCUUGCUCAGUCUUGUUUUGUCUGUCACUCGAGUCUGACUCACUACAUUGUAACUUCGACAUUCUUUUUAAAUUAGUAGCUGUGAACGCUCAUCAUCCAAUAAAUCUUUACACCUUUAGUAUUAACAAA